AGAUCAAGGCAUUUGUUCAAAUAUGUGCUUUUUGUUGAGACCAAGUCAAGCAGAGAGCAGGAUGCUAGUCACAUGACUCGUAUCUGUCGUUCCUGUACCGUCUCCACAAGGCAACACGUCGUCCUCGACUGAAAGAAGCAGCAGCCUAUCAUUAUUACCAACUUGUCCUUGUACUAGUAUUUUGAUAAUAGACCCGAAAAGCAUGACAGUAUUUUCACAGCGUAUCCAUAGCUGGGACUGAUUACAGUGUAUGCAAGGGGGCGUGUGUGUAUACAUGUGUUCUGUAUAUGUACUGGUAGCUGUAAUAUCGACUGAAUAUUCGCAUGAUUGCUACCAGGUGUUGUUCUAGCCCGUCACAUCUCAUGACCAAGGCUGUAUAGAAUCUAUUAUCAUUGCAACGUCAUCGAACUAAAUAUUGACUGUAUUGACGUACCAAGGUAUCACCACCACCACCUCCGCCAGGAUGCAUUCCACAGCAUUUGAAUCCUUUAAUGGCGUCGUGGCCAGGUUACCUGUUGCUUCUCUCCUGAAAAACUUUGUCCAGAAUGGAACCUCCGUCCAAAGCAGGCUGUGAUAUCGGUGUCCAGACAACCACUCCUAGUUUGAAUUCACUCUCCCCUAUCUUGGACCACAGACUCUACAACUUUGACGACGGCGACUCCGAGUGGAGUUUCCUAGACAUGGAGAAGACACAACCGUCAGAUAAUAACAAAAGGACUAGUGCAAGGCCAAAGUCGGCCAGGAUGCCGCAGGAUGGGUCAAGUCAGAGCGUUCCGUCGCCCGAGGAAGACGGAUACUGCUCACAGGAAGAAUUAGGUAAUGAAUUGCAGACGGACGAUCAAAGUUACAAGUCGCCGCUUAAGGAUGCCCCAAGCUAUUCAACUUAUCUAGCCUUAGUGCCAGACCUACAUGUAGAUGGUGCCGAUUCUGAACCCGAGUCCCCCCAUGAUGAAGACACCAUAUCUACUGCCACAAGUGCCACUGAUACUUCAACAACUCCUGCUAUAACAGUUUCUGAUGACCAAGCUGGAGGACUAGGGCGGGAUGACUCCACCCCUCUGUUUGAGCAGUCACCAGCCAGCACCCCCAGUGAGCUGGCCAGUCCUACCAAUGAGAACCUCAACAUCGAUGAUGCAGAGAGGGAAAGGCUCAAAACAGAACUUGCAGAGGUCGAGUUGGAUGUAGAAGCCCUGAGACAGACACUGAGAGCCAAGGAGAUGAGAGCAAAGGAGAUCAGAAGAAAACUGGGUAUCACCCAAGUAGCAGUACUCAAGAGUGACGUCAGGGCAGGAUGGACAAACUUCAAACAGUCUAGCGCGUUUGUUUGGACAAGUACCAAAGUUAAAACUUGGAAUGAAUCUGUAACACAGUCCGAAGUGUAUAACAAGACCAAGACGGGAUUCCAGAGCGCGGGGCAGAAGACGGGGGCAGCCUUCAGCAGCUUCGGUUCGGCCGUCACCAAGAAGCUGGGUGAAGUCAGGGAAUCAACAGCGUUCAAGUCGUUUGAGGAUAAGGUGUCGACAACGGCAACGACACUAAAGACGAAGGUUGCAGGACAGAAGCCAGAUGAGGAGUCGAGUUUUGAAGAUGUCCUCCAGAGCACCGCAAACGAGAGGACCCCAGACCCGCAGCCAAACCCCCCACUCCCUGAAGAAAAGGUCCCAAUGUAAACGCACCCGCACAUACCACCAGCUGGCAAGCAUGCAGGUGUGCAUAUAGAAGAGACACAAUGAGCACUGGAACUGUUCAUACUAGUACACUAUACAUAUGAUCAGAAAUAUCUUCACUAUAUCCAUGGGUACCUUUACUCCUGAAAUAAAAGGUACAUGUGUAAAUGCAUCAUCUCUUGAUAUGUUAAUACAUAAUGGAUUCAUUAAAGGCUCGUUCAGAUAUGAAGCAGCAAAACCGUGCAGCUUUAAAAAAAAAAUGAUGUCUUAAUGUUCAAUACGUUUCAUAUUUCAAUAUCUUAUAACACAGGGCUCAGUGAAUACGCCCAAGUCCUUUGUUGUGCGCAGUUGCCAUUCAAUUACAUGUUGUUGCCUUUUAAUGGCGGCUUACCGAACCAUACCUGAACAAGCCUUUAUAGAGAAGGGGAUUUCUGAUUUAAAGCCAUUGAAUUACAAGUGGCAAGUCUGCCCAUGGUAGAAUGAGAGCUAACAAAAUAUUAUUUAGUGAGAGAGACACUGUUAACAUUGCUUCAUGGAGAUAAUAUAUGGUUAAUUAAAAGACAAACCCAAAGCAACAGAAUUUGUUUGUUUGAUCUGAUGUAUUUAAAAAGGUAUUGCUUCCAUACCACAUCAACCCAUACAAAGAACACAUAACACAUGUAUGAGAAGUAAAUCUCUUUACAAAUCAAGUUUGUUGGUUUGUUGCCAAUUUUGAAUGGCUUUUGUAGCUAACAUGUAUGCGUGUAGUAUGCAGGGUCAUGGACAUUACCAGAAAUCAUCUUUUCAUAGUGAAUUAUAGAACGGUUUAUUUCUUUAAAGUCAUUUCGCAGUUUUACAAUACAUUCCUUUUCAUCACUUUAAGCUUAACAUCUACAGAUAGUGAAGUGCUUUUGUGUUUUAGUUUAGUUGCUCAUCCGUUAUGUCAUGUUUAAUUGAACUCUUCUAUAUACCUUUCUUUAUUAGCAUCAUUUUAUUGAAACCUUGGUCUUAAAAGAUGUGUACAUACUUAAGGUGACCAAAUAUUGAAAUCAUGCAGAAAAAUGCAUAUUGUAUGAGGUGGUUGGUACAUUAACAUUUUGUUGACUUUAUUGAUGACUUCAUCAAAUUUUUUUAUUUUUGCAUCAACAAAAUGAAUGUUUGAAUGUAAUUCCACUACUGGUAAAUGUAAAGCUUUGUGUACCGUGUCCAAAAUAUUUACACCGAUUCUCAAAACUCACUUUCAUGAUUGUGGAUAAUGUUCAAGCACUAAACUGUUUUUGUUUCAUGUAUACAUCUAAAGCUUUCAGUUUUCAAUACACCCUUUACUUAAAGGCAUUGUUUAACAAUGUUUCCAGUUUUACAAAUCUGAGAUGCGUGGCCCUACGCGUCAUCAGUGUCUGUGAUAUGGUGUAAUAUUGAAGCCCUGAAAAAAUUGUGCAUCAGAAUUAUCAUGAA